AUGACCAUCAAAGCCUGGUUCGACGUCGAGUACACCGACGCUGCUCUGGACAGAGCCCGCACCGAUGCACAGCGCUCGGGAGGCGAGGUCCCUCCUCCCAAGCGAGGACGGAUCAACUUCAACCUCUUCGAUGAAGUAGUCCCACGAACUGCCGAGAACUUCCGCGCUCUCUGCACCGGCGAGAAGGGGUUCGGCUACAAGGGCAGCAAAUUCCACCGAAUCAUUCCUCAAUUUAUGUUGCAGGGUGGCGACUUCACUCGGGGCAAUGGUACCGGCGGCAAGUCCAUCUAUGGCGAGAAAUUCGCGGACGAGAACUUCAAGUUGCAACACAACAAGGACGGACUGUUGUCUAUGGCCAAUGCUGGUCCAAACACCAACGGUUCCCAGUUCUUCAUCACCACCGUCGUCACUUCCUGGUUGGAUGGCAAGCAUGUUGUCUUCGGUGAGGUCGCCGACGCCGAGAGCUUGAAGAUCGUCAAGGAGCUUGAGUCGACUGGUUCAGGCACUGGUCAAGUCAAGCUGAACUUUAAGCCCACCAUUGUCGAUAGCGGUGCCGAUCCCAAAUAA